UGAGCUGUCCAGCACAGCUGGGAUUUCAACACGGACAGAUAGCGCAAUGAAGAGCAGCGUCGACCCGUCAUCAUGUGCACCGGGCUUUCGAGGACUGCCUGUCCGCUGCGACUUUUUGCCCUCUGCAUCCUUCUUUCCCACGCAGCAGCAUAUUUCGGCCUUACAGGUCGCGAGCCACUGGUCUUUCUGCCCGGUCCUUUUGCCAACGAGUCUCCGAACGGUAAAGCGCACCUGAAGCAAUGCGAGCAGAUGACUUUGACGCGCCGGCAAAAGCGCUUGUGCCGGCGAGAACCGGGGCUGGCGGAGACUCUGAGGGAAUCUGUCCGCCUCAGCCUCCUGGAGUGCCGCUAUCAGUUCCGCAACGAGCGCUGGAACUGCAGUAUGGAUGGCCGUGGAAGCCUUUUAAAACGAGGUUUUAAAGAGACGGCCUUCCUGCUCGCGGUGUCAUCAGCAGCGUUGUCUCACGCGCUGGCCAAAGCGUGCAGCUCGGGGCGCAUGGAGCGCUGCACCUGCGACGAUUCUCCUGGUCUGCAGCACCGCGAGGCCUGGCAGUGGGGCGUAUGCGGGGACAACCUCAAAUACAGCACUAAGUUUCUCAAGAAAUUCUUGGGGCAAAAACGGGUCAGCAAGGACCUGCGUGCCCAAAUCGACGCUCACAACAUUAACGUCGGCAUCCGGGCGGUGAAGAGUGGUCUUAAGACUACUUGUAAGUGUCACGGUGUCUCCGGUUCUUGUGCUGUGAGAACAUGCUGGAAGCAGCUCUCCCCGUUUCAAGACACAGGCCAUCUGCUGAAGUAUCGCUAUGACACGGCCAUUCGAGUGCAUAGUGUUACCAACUCUGCCACUGGAGAGACCGAGCUGGCCAGCCCACGGCGCCACAGCAACACAGGUCCCCGUCUGCGGCCCACCGAGCUGGUAUUUCUGGAGGAGUCGCCCAGCUUUUGCAGGCCAUCGCGCUACUCCCCCGGGACGGCUGGCAGAACGUGUUCAAAGGACACCAGCUGCAGCAGCCUGUGCUGUGGACGGGGCUACAACACGGCCCUCCACCUCACCACCCUCUCCUGCCACUGCCAGGUCCGCUGGUGCUGUCACGUCGAGUGUCAAACCUGCCUCCAAGAGGAAGAGGUCUACACCUGCAAGAAACACUGAUAGCACAGAAGGAGACCGAGAAGACAAUGUGGAAAUGGAAGAAUGCUGAGGAUUGUUAAUGCGUCGGCUAGACAACUAGUAGAGUUGUGAGAGGUUUUGAGGUUGUGAUAAGGAAAAAGAUCUGCCAGUCUUACCUGCUUUAGUUGUGAUUCACUUUCUUAAACUCUGGGCUCCCACAUGGAGUUCUGAACAAACGUUCAGGAGGAACGUGGUCAUUUAAUACGACCAAUCAGUACCUGAACAAGCAUUUAUAAGUGCCUUUGACAGUUCCUCCAC